AUGGACGACGGAACCGCCGCUGUAUUGCCGGUCUUGACCAUAGCCGAAAUCAAGGAACAUGGGACCAAAAAACUGCCCCGAGUCUAUCAAGAAUAUUUCAACCAUGGAGCAGCCGACAUGUUAACACUACAUGACAAUGAAGCGGCUUACAACAGAUACAAGAUUCUUCCACGAGUUCUCCGCGAUGUCUCUACAGUCGACCCUAGCACCACAAUUUGGGGCACGAAGGUAUCAAUGCCGUUUGGCUUCGCGCCUGCUGCCAUGCAUUGCCUUGCACAUCCUGACGGCGAGGUUGCAACCUCCAAAGCUGCUGCCAAGUAUGGAAUAGCUAUGGGACUCUCGUCAUGGGCCACAACCUCGAUUGAAGAGGUUCUUUCGCAUGGUCUUGGAAAUCCAUAUGCUAUGCAAGUCACUAUCAUGAAAGAGUUGUCCAUCAGCACGUCUACCAUCAAAAGGGCUGCAAAUGCAGGAGCAAAGGCCAUCCUCCUGACAGUGGAUGCUCCAUUCCUUGGCCGUCGUUAUAACGAGUACCGUAACAAGUUCGAUCUCCCAAAAGAGCUACGAUACCCUCAUCUAGAGAAUCUGGACAAGUCUCUGACAGACAGCUAUGGGAAACAUGAGCAAGAACGUACCUUUGGCUGGGCGGAAGCGUUAGGCUACGUUCGGAAACAUUGUGAUCUCCCUGUCUGGAUCAAAGGAAUUUAUACUCCAGAGGAUGUCUCUUUAGCCAUUUCCCACGGUGCCAAUGGGGUGAUUAUAUCAAACCAUGGAGGACGCCAGCUCGACAGCGUCCCCGCGACGCUUGAUGCACUUCGAAUCUGCGCUCCCGCUGCCAAGGGCCGCAUUCCAAUCGCUGUAGAUGGAGGGAUUCGCCGUGGCACUGAUGUGUUCAAAGCUAUUGCUUUGGGGGCCGAUUUCUGCUUCGCUGGAAGACUGCCCAUCUGGGGCUUAGCUUUUGACGGGCAACAAGGUGUCGAAUUGGUUCUGCAGAUCAUGUUAGAUGAGUUCAAGCUGUGCAUGGGUCUCACCGGGUGUAAGACUGUGGCUGAGAUCAACAGGAGUCAUUUGGCUGUCCUUAAUUCGGACGGCUUGCUUGCCAAGCUGUAG